AUGCUCUCCCGUGUCGCUGCCCGUGCCCUCGCUGCCCCCUCCGCAGCCCGCUUCUUCUCUGCCUCAGCAGCGCACCAGACCAAGGUCGCCGUUCUCGGUGCCGGAGGAGGAAUUGGCCAACCUCUCUCCCUGCUCCUUAAAAGUGACCCCCUCGUCACAUCCCUGAGCCUCUACGACAUCCGCGGCGCACCCGGAGUUGCUGCCGACGUCAGCCACGUCGACACUGCCAGCGAGGUGAAAGGAUACGCUGCUGAUCAGCUCGACCAAGCUCUUGAGGGUGUCAAGGUUGUUGUCAUCCCUGCUGGUGUCCCCAGAAAGCCCGGAAUGACCCGUGAUGAUCUCUUCAACACUAACGCCUCCAUCGUCCGCGACCUCGCUGCGGCCGUUGCCCGCGUCUCUCCCGAAGCCCACAUCCUCGUCAUCUCCAACCCCGUCAACUCCACCGUCCCCAUCGUCGCCUCCACCCUCGAAAAAGCCGGCGUUUUCAACCCCCGCCGUCUCUUCGGUAUCACCACCCUCGACGUUGUCCGUGCUGCCCGUUUCCUUGCCGGUGUUACUGGCGCCACCCCCGACCAGACCACUGUGACCGUCGUCGGCGGACACAGCGGUGCCACCAUCGUCCCCCUUCUCUCCCAGACUGCCUACGGCAAGGGCGUCACUGGCGAGGCCUACAAGGCCCUUGUCCACCGCAUCCAAUUCGGUGGUGAUGAGGUUGUGAAGGCGAAGGAUGGUGCUGGAAGCGCAACCCUCUCCAUGGCGUACGCUGGUGCCAAGUUCACCAACUCCCUGCUCCGUGGAUUGAACGGCGAGAAGGGAGUCGUCACCCCCACCUUUGUCAAGAGCCCGCUGUUUGCUGACCAGGGUAUUGAUUUCUUCUCAUCCAACGUUGAGCUCGGCCUUGAGGGUGUUGAGAAGAUCCACCCUAUUGGCCCUCUGUCCGCGGAGGAGGAGGAACUUAUGGCUGCGUGCUUGCCUGAGCUCAAGAAGAACAUUGAGAAGGGCAAGGCUUUUGUCGCUGCUUAG